AUGCCCGUCACACGAAGCAGAACUGGCAAAAUGCAAGAGGAGAAGACAGAAGAGCAUCAAACAGAUGCAGAACAGGUCCCAGACCCACCGCGGAGGGAAAACCCGUUCCCUAUUCGACAUAGCAUACCGCCGAGGUCGCCACAAGGGACACAAGACGUCGAAGAAACCGUCGUUCAACAAACAACGGCGCGAUCACAGCUCUCCGAUAGAGAAAAGGAGAGACGGCAACAAAUCGCUAUCGCCCGAGAAGAGGUCAUUCGCUAUCGAUUACAGUUGGCGGAGGCCAAGCUAGCCCGACUGGAAGCCUUCGGAGAAGAAGACGAAGAACCGUCGGAACCAGCAUCGCAAGACGGCCACAAUAGGGUCGUCGAAUGGCUCGAGCAGCGGUCCGAGCCACCACCACCUCCACCAGAAGCACCACCGAAUCCACCGAAGAGGCCCACACCGGCGAGAAUAGAGGAGCCGUUUCGGGGUACCAUAGAAACUCACCAACGAUUGGCACCCACAGAUACCAUUCAAGUUGGUGAUCUCGCAACUGCAGUGACCGAAAUCGUCAGGGCGACUACAUCGUCGCUAGCGGCCGUCGCGCCGCACCCACAAGCGUCAACGUCGGGUCCCCUAGCAGCACAGUAUAGAGGGGAACUCACACCGUUCUACGGGGCGCAUACAGAUUGGCUGGCCUUCAAGGCAGCCUACGAAGAAUCUGCGGGCUAUCUAACGCCGUCGCAGAACAUAGAAAGGCUCCGGAGAGCCUUACGAGGGGAGGCUAGGUCAGCAAUGAAGAGCCUCCUAAUAGCAAACACGCCGGCCGAAGAGAUCAUGCACGAGUUGGAGCUCACCUUCGGUCGACCGAACAACAUAGCAGAAGUCGAAAUAGCAAAGCUGCGGAGUCUUCCACCACCGAAGGACACACCGGGGGAGUUCUGCAGAUUCGCCACAGCCGUCAAGAAUAGCAUCGUGUCAUUGAAGACGUUGAAGAAGAUCAACUUUCUAUACAACCCGGAAGUGGCGAAGUUAUUAAUAGAAAAACUACCGCCGAACAUUCGACAUAGGUGGUAUGUUUACUGCCAGCAGCAAGCCCACGAAGACGUACCGGAUUUAGUACAGUACUACAACUUCGUGAAGAUAGAAGCUGAAAUUUAUAGCGUAAGCGCCGAACCCAUGAAGAUAGCAAGCAUGGACGACAAACCGAAGCCGUCGGAAAGUCGUCGUGUUCAAAUCCGUCCGCAGCGAACACAUACAGCGAGCAAGACGGACAGCCCACCCCGCCACAAGCCAACGUGUCCCGUGUGCAAAUCAAAUUCGCACACGGCGGCGCAACAGUGUGAAAAAUUCAAGAAAGAAAAUAGCUACGGGCGUUGGGAAAUAGCGAAGGCGCAACGUCUGUGUUUCCGAUGCCUACAAUAUCGAACACAGACACAUAACUGCAAGACGAAGACUUGCGGAAUAGAUGACUGUCCACGUAUGCAUCACAAAUUGUUGCACUACAGGGCAACGAGCGAGACACAGAAGACAGAGACAGCAACAGUAUCGACAGGCGUCUCGCUCACACGUUCACCGCGCAGUUAUCUCAAAAUACUGCCGGUGAAAAUAGUCGGACCGCGGGCCAGCAUCGACACUUUCGCCCUCCUCGACGAUGGAUCUACCGUCACCCUCAUAGAUGAGGAAAUAGCCACAAGAGUCGGCGCGGAGGGGCCGACAGAACCACUGAAAAUAGAAGCACUGGCCGGCGCAACGGUUCGAACAAAUAGCUCGAGACGCGUAACUCUAACGUUAUGCGGUUCAGAAGAGGAGUAUGAGAUCUCCGCCAGGACAAUGAAGGGACUCAAACUCGCCAAACAACAAAUAGAAGAAAGAGAUAUCCGACGAUGUCAACACCUGGCUGGCAUCAAGAAGAUACUGUGUUACCACGACGCCACACCAACGAUCCUCAUCGGCCAAGACAAUUGGGAACUGUUACUGGCCAUAGAAGUUCGCCGAGGAUCUUCGUCACAACCAGUCGCAUCGAAAACUCCGCUCGGAUGGGUGCUGCAUGGAGCGUCCACUCGCAGUCUCGGCCAUCAAGUCCACCAUGUAUAUCAUAUACGUGAGGGGGCCGAGGAUAGAAUAGAAGAGGAAUUAAGAAGAUAUUUCUCUAUAGAAUCACUAGGCGUGCUGCCAAGAAAGACACGCGCCGACCCUCAAGAGCGAGCACUACAGAUACUACAGAAGAAGACUCGCGCUCUGCCAGAUGGGGGAUAUAGUACAUCGCUACUGUGGAAAACAGAUAAAGUCGAGUUGCCGAACAACUACGAUGCGGCGCUCAACAGGCUGUACAGCACAGAGAAGAAAAUAGAUAGGAAUCCACAGCUGAAAGAAGAAUACGAGCGACAAAUAGCGCUCCUAAUAGAAAAAGGCUACGCAGAAGAAGCCGCCACCACCCCAUCGGACGCCCGCACCUGGUAUCUUCCGCACUUUCCCGUGCUUCAUCCAGCUAAGCCGGGGAAAGUUCGUCCAGUCUUCGAUGCAGCCGCUCGCGCCAGGGGGACGUCACUCAACGAUCAUCUGCUGACCGGUCCGGACUUACUUCAAUCGUUACCAGGGGUGUUAAUGCGAUUCAGACAACAUCCAAUAGCCGUCGCCGCAGAUAUAGAAGAAAUGUUUCUACGAAUAGAAAUCAACAAAGAAGAUAGAGAUGUCCUGCGGUUCCUGUGGCGACAACACCGGCGGGAGGGACCACCCCGCGAAUAUAGAAUGAAGGCAGUGAUCUUCGGCGCCGCCUGCUCACCGUGCAUCGCUUUGUACAUCAAGAACCACAACGCAGAACAACACAAGGAACAAUAUCCAAGAGCAGCCGACGCAAUUAUCCAUAACCACUAUAUGGAUGAUUACCUUCAAAGUUUCCAAACGGAGGAAGAAGCUAUGAAAAUCACCCAUGAAGUUGACACCGUACAUAGGAAAGCAAAAUUCCAUUUAAGGAAGUGGACAUCGAACAGCCCACAACUACAAGAAAAAUACAACAGCACAAGAAUAGAAGAUAGGACCGUCUCCAUAGAUAGAGCCGACAAAGAAGAGAAAAUAUUAGGCCUCACAUGGAGGCCCGCCACGGACACAUUGGGCUUCAACUUAAAUAUGGCCCGAAUUCCGCAAGAGAUAGUCAACGGAAGUCGCACACCGACGAAGAGAGAAGCCCUCCGGACGGUCAUGUCUCUCUUCGACCCACUAGGAUUAGCAUCACCCGUCACCGUGCAAGCGAAAGGCAUUUUACAAGAAACAUGGCGAAUCGGCAUCGGUUGGGACGAGAAAUUGCCUGAGAAGUUAGCCGAAGACUGGACGAAGUGGACACAGCACUUAGUCAAUUUACGCCAUAUCAACGUGCCACGAUGUCACCCGGAGCUGAGCAGCGCGUCAUCCAGGGAACUGCACACAUUCGUAGACGCAAGCGAGAACGCCUACGCCGCCGCCGUGUAUUGGAGAGUGCAAGACAAGGACGGCAACAUUCACGUGACACUCGCUGAACCGGACGACGAAGAAGCCCUCACGCCUAACCACUUUCUACUGGGAGGAUCGGGCAAAGUGCAAACUCCGGGAAGCUUUGAAGACACCGAUAUCGAUAGCCGGAGUCACUGGAAGAGAGCGCAGCGGCUAGCAGACCACUUCUGGAGCCGAUGGCUCCGGGAGUACCUACCGGAACUUCAACACCGGCGGGAGCCCCGCGGCACGGGGCAACCUCUGCGCAUCGGAGACUUAGUCCUGAUCGUCGACUCCAAUCUCCCGCGCAACACAUGGCCGCGCGGGAGAGUAAUAGCAGUGUUUCCCGGCCCAGACGGCGUCAUCCGAGUGGCCGACAUCCAGACCAAGAAUGGCGUGCUGAGGAGGCCAACCAAACGACUCGUGGUCCUGCCAACGGGAGUUGCUGAUAGUGAAGAGCGGGCUCCGGAACCAGACAAGGCUCCUGCAGCGCCCUCGACGACCGCUGCAGCGGCGGGAGAAUAA